AGGGAACAGUUGCUGGGAGGCGACAGUCGACCCGUGAGGGCAUGUCAACCGUACCAGCUCCUAAACUUCUCAACUAUAGAAGUAAAUCGCUAGUGAUUAAGAGAAUAUGUAGGACAGAUAGCUGGGGUAACUCAGGGAACGUUAUACUACAUACACCUCUUAUGAGCGAGACUAUCAAAUUGCCGGAAACUCCUAAAGCCCAAGGUACCGCGGAGAGCGUGAAAACGGUCUUGCAGCAGCACGUCGAAAGGCGUGUGGAUGAAAUACACCCUCCUUUAAAAGAAGGAAUGGGCAAUCGGCAGCCAA